UGUCCCGUACGUCCCGCGGUCGUACGCGCUGCUUGGCGCCGCUGCUGGAGCCGGAGCGUGUCCUGGUGUGGGGACUCCUGCGCGGCUGUACAGUUAUCCAGUCCUGUGUCGCCGAGGGGUCGACUUGAGGCUGGCGGAGUGGAGAAGUACAUUGAAUUUCAUGAAAGAAUGGAAUCAAGUGAUGGCUUUUUCUUUAGAAUUUGAAUAUGGAGGCUUCAGGAACAGAUGAAGUUGACAAACUAAAAACUAAAUUUAUGUCUGCAUGGAACAACAUGAAAUACAGUUGGGUGUUGAAAACAAAGACAUAUUUUAGUAGAAAUUCACCUGUUUUAUUACUUGGAAAAUGUUAUCAUUUUAAAUAUGAAGAUGAAAACAAGAUGUUGCCUGCAAGAUCAGGAUGUACCAUUGAAGAUCAUGUGAUUGCAGGAAAUGUGGAAGAAUUCCGUAAGGAUUUCAUUUCUAGAAUUUGGCUGACCUACAGGGAAGAAUUUCCUCAAAUAGAAGCUUCAGCCUUGACUACAGACUGUGGCUGGGGAUGUACACUGAGGACUGGCCAGAUGCUCUUGGCUCAAGGGCUCAUACUACAUUUUCUUGGCAGAGGUUGGACCUGGCCUGAUGCACUGCAUAUUGAGAAUUCAGACUCUGACUCAUGGACCUCCAACACCGUCAAAAAGUUUACUGCAUCAUUUGAAGCAUCACUUUCAGGGGAAAGAGAACUCAGAACUUCAGCAGUUUCUCUGAAGGAAACAUUCAGGAAGUAUUCUAAUGACCAUGAAAUGCAGAAUGAGAUUUAUCACAGGAAAAUCAUCUCUUGGUUUGGAGAUUCCCCUGUGGCUGUCUUUGGCUUACAUCGACUGAUAGAGUUUGGGAAGAAGUCUGGGAAAAAGGCUGGAGAUUGGUAUGGACCAGCUGUGGUUGCUCACAUUUUAAGAAAAGCAGUAGAAGAAGCAAGACAUCCUGAUUUACAAGGAAUAACUAUUUAUGUUGCACAGGACUGUACAGUUUACAAUUCUGAUGUCAUUGAUAAACAGACUAAUUCUGUGACCUCUGGAGAUGCCAGGGACAAGGCUGUCGUUAUCUUAGUUCCUGUUAGACUUGGUGGAGAAAGAACCAACCCUGACUAUCUGGAGUUUGUGAAGGGUGUUUUAAGCCUUGAAUAUUGUGUAGGUAUUAUCGGUGGCAAACCUAAACAGUCGUAUUACUUUGCUGGAUUUCAAGAUGACAGUCUGAUUUACAUGGAUCCUCAUUACUGCCAGUCUUUUGUAGAUGUCAGCAUAAAGGACUUCCCUCUUGAGACAUUCCACUGUCCUUCUCCUAAAAAGAUGUCAUUCAGGAAAAUGGAUCCUAGUUGUACGAUAGGAUUUUACUGUCGAAACGUCCAGGACUUCGAACGAGUGUCUGAAGAAAUCACUAAGAUACUGAAAAUUUCCUCUAAGGAGAAAUAUCCGUUGUUUACUUUUGUAAAUGGCCAUUCCAGAGACUUUGAUUUUACGUCUACUGCAGCCAGUGAAGAAGACUUUUUCUCAGAAGAUGAAAAGAAAAGAUUCAAACGAUUUAGCACAGAAGAGUUUGUCCUGCUUUAAAGAUCAGUGCAUUUGUGUUUGAGAAGAGCUUGACCACAGUAGAGCCAUGGAGAAUGACAAGUCGCCGAGAUCCUUCGCGAUCAAAUCCUAACUGUGCGUGUCCUUUUAACACUGCACAUUUGAAAACAUCCAAACUGUAAAGACAUGUUUUCUUAAAGAAAUGACUUGAUGGCUCUUGCUUUCCAGUGAUAAAUAACAGGCAUUCCAGUUGCAUUCCGCUUCCCAAAGAUGUGCUAACAAAACACUACCUGUCAGCCUUUUGGUCUCCAGCAUCUUCUACCUGAGCCCAUUGGUCCCCUGGAGGUUUUGUGAUAUAGAUUCCCUCAAAGAUUGGGAUCACCAAAUUAAUUUAAAAACCCUGCUUAGUAUUAAUGACAGGAGACCAGAGACUGGAUCUUCAGAACU